UAAAACUUUAUGGAAAUUAAGAACCAAAAGAAGACAAGAAAGUCACUGUCAAGGCUGAUUAAGAAGUCUAAGAGGCUCAGGAAAAUGACUACUUCUCAAGGGCCAUUGAUUUCGAAGAGUUCGAAAUAUCUCAAGUUAAUGAAUACGAUGUCUUCAGAAAGAGUCAAGCGGGUAUAAAGACAGGGUCUAAGCUAAUUGAUGUACUACAAGAACAGAGGGAGAGAAAUGCUAGUAUGCCUAAUUUGAAAAAUCAGAUCCCUUUGCCUAAAUAAUUCAAAGUCUAUAUUUUUGAUCAAGGCUUUUGAGAAAGCUAGGAGAAAUAAGCCUGUCACACAUCAUUACAUGACUUCUAGGCUCAGCUGAUCUAGUCGAUGAAAUUUUGUAGCUGAGCAAAAGAAAAGAAAAAUAGAUGAAAGAAACAAAAAAAUUCUGGAGAGCCAAAUCAUGCUGAGCUUAGGCAGGAAGGUUAACUACAAUAAGCCCAUAGGCAACUGUAGGAAGAACAACUUCACUGAUCCAGUGUUAGUCAACUUAUUAGCGCACUACAAUGAUAAACUACCAAAGAACCUUAAAAAUAUUCCCUAAAAGUCAAUAAGCCGAUA